AGGAUAACGAAGAUCUAGCGGGUGACUCUACAACAAAGCUAAAAAUGUCAUGGAAUAAAUAUCUUUUUGAUGACGUUCUUCCAAAAGCAUGGGCAAGAUUUUUAGCCACCCUUCCCGAAGAAUGCCCACGUAUCCAGCCCACCAAGUUCUACGACUUUUGGCCAAUAUUUUCGGGUCAGGAUUCUAGUAGUAUAAUUAAAUUAUGCAAAGAACUCCUGAAAAACGUCAUUGAGAAUCUUAAAGUCGAUGAUGAGGUUUUCAUUGGUUCACCCGCGUCUUACUUGCCCGGAAAUUUACAAGGCCUAUUUCCAAAAUCCAACAAAAAUUAUGUGAAAAAAGAUGGCGAAUUUCGAUUUUUAUCAAUAGCCAAUGGAUAUUUUCAAUCCGACGUUGCAUUGAAUAGUACUUCUGAGAUACUUGGGAAGAUUGGGUUUCCGGUAAUCGUUGGCAUCAAUCCCAUAGUGAUGAAAGAAUUGAAAGAAUCGAAGCACCGCAGCGUCCUUCAUUUUUACUCUCCAAAGAUAAUCAAAACGUAUCUUCAACAAAAUCAGUCUAGGUUGGAGAACUUGUCUCGCGAAGAAAUUCUAGAUCUGCUACGUUAU